AUGUCCAAGUUUAAUCCUCCGUCGGAGUUUAACUUCACGAGCCCGGGAGAAUGGCCGGAGUGGAAACAGAGGUUCGCACGCUACAGGCUGGCCACAAAACUGAACAAAGAAAAUGGCGAGGUUCAAGUCUGCUCACUUAUCUACGCGAUGGGCAGCGAAGCAGAGAAAAUCUUCGCCUCGUUCGAGUUUGCUACGGAAGACGAUAAGAAGAAUUACGAAGGGGUUCUCUCAAAGUUGGAUGAGUACUUCAUACCCAGACGCAACGUAAUACACGAGAGAGCGUGUUUCUACCAACGUAACCAACUGCAAGGGGAAAAGGCAGAGGCGUACAUAAGGGUGCUGUACGAGCUAGCGGAGAACUGUGAUUUUAGCGAUAAGCGGGAUGAACACAUCCGUGAUAGACUCGUAGUGGGCAUUAAAGACAAAGAAUUGUCUCUGAAAUUGCAGCUCACAGCAGAUCUGACGCUGGCUCAUGUUAUACAGCAAGUACGACAGUCAGAAGAGGUUGCUAAACAGAUUAGCCUCCAAGCUAGCGGUCCCCAGCCGGAGAUGCAAGUGGCAAGCGUUUCUGCAGGAGGACGUCGCAAAGUACUACACAAAAAGCACACCCCACACACUGAAAGAGAGUCCCCAGACUGCGAAGCAGUGUACGCACCUGGCAAGACCUUGGCAGUGGCAGACGCGCUGUCCAGGGGUCCACUGGAACAGACCGGAGACGAGCACCUUGAAGAGGACGUGACCGUGCACAUCGGAGCAGUCCUCAGCCACUUACCAGCCACCCCCCGGAAACUACAGCAGAUAAGAGACCACACUAUCCAAGACCCCGAGUUACAGUUAGUGAAACAGCUCACUCAGACGGGUUGGUCAGAGUAUGAAAGACGGGUCCCGGAGGGCUUCAGCCCAGCAGAGCUGCUGAUGGGCCGCAAGAUCAGAACCACGCUGCCCACCCUGUCUGCUAACCUGGAUCCGAGCUGGCCAGAUAGGAAGGAGAUGCGCUCUGCGGAUGCUGCGGCUAAGCUGAAACAAGCAUUCUACUACAACCGCAGGAAUGGUGUUCGACACUUACCACACCACUGGACCCUGGAGAAGGGGUCAUACGUUGUGGUAACGCCGGAGGGAGGUUGUUACAGACGUAACCGCCGUCACCUAUUGCGACUGCCCGCUGCUUCCAAGAAUCCAAACCCCAGCGGGUCACCGGAUGAUCCUCUGCCCGUGAGCAGCGAUGUCGGCACGUCACUCCAGGCUCGCUGCCCGGCUGUGCUCUGCCCGGCUGUGCUCUGCCCGGCUGUGGAAGGGGCUCUCCCCACAGUGAAUCAGGGGCUUGAUCUACAGCCGUCGCUCGCUUCACUGCGGCCUUUGUUUUUCACAGAAGAGGGAACAAUAGCGCCCCCUGCCGCGUACAAGAGGAUAGGGAGCCACAGAGGCCGAACCUGCUGCCUCCCGUUAGACGUGGGACCCCGGAGCUCAGCUGUCCGAUGCGGGGAGACGAUGAGUCCCGCUCUGGAAGUGCUGAUGCAGGCGGAAGGAUCUUCUUACCCCGGGAAAGGGGUGAUGCUUGAGCCCUUUGUGCACCAGGUGGGGGGGCACUCCUGCGUGCUCAGGUUCGGGGAGCAGACCAUCUGCAAGCCCCUGAUCCCCCGAGAGCACCAGUUCUACAAGAGCCUGCCCCCGGAGAUGAGGAAGUUCACCCCGCUGUACAAAGGAGUGGUGUCGGUGAGUUUCGAGGAGGAUGAGGAGGGAAACCUGUGUCUUGUGGCCUACCCGCUGCACGCAGACGUGGCCACAGACCUGGAGAACAAGGACCCCUCGUCGGACUGCGAGCCCAAAACCAAGAUGCUGAAGUGGAGCAACAAGAAGCACGCCGCCCUACUGGUGGACAACGACAACUACAGCAAAGAGAGGGCCAGACACAGCCGCAAGGACGACAAGCUGGUCAGUUACAACCGUGAGGACUCGCAGCAGCCGCAGGCAGAGGUGCUGUACUUCAGUCUGGAGAAGAGCAGCUUGUCGUCGCAGAUGAAACACAACCCGUGGAGCCUCAAGUGCCACCAGCAACAUCUGCAGCGCAUGAGGGAGAACGCCAAGCACCGCAACCAAUACAAAUUCAUCCUCCUGGAAAACCUGACGUGGAGCUACAAAGUGCCGUGUGUGCUGGACCUGAAGAUGGGCACGCGGCAGCACGGAGACGACGCCACAGAAGAGAAGAAGGCCAACCAGAUCCGCAAGUGUCAGCAGAGCACGUCGGCCUCCAUUGGGGUGCGCCUGUGCGGGAUGCAGGUGUACCAGUCGGACUCCGGACAGCUAAUGUUCAUGAACAAGUAUCACGGGCGGAAGCUGGCGCUGGCCGGCUUCAAAGAGGCGCUGUUCCAGUUCUUCCAUGACGGGCGGCGCCUGCGCAGGGAGCUGCUGUCUCCGGUGCUGCGGCGUCUGCGCGACAUGAAGGCGGCGCUGGAGGCCUGCGAGUCCUACAGGUUCUACUCCAGCUCUCUGCUCAUCAUCUACGACGGAGACCCGCCCCGCAGCAGACCCCGCCCCCGCGGAGGAGAGGAGGGCGAGGACGAGCCCAGUGAUGAAGAGGAGCAGAGCGACGAAGAGGAGGGUGCCUGGUGCUCCGCCCCUCGCUCUGCGGCGCCCGAGGGCGGCGAGGUGGACGUGCGCAUGAUCGACUUUGCUCACACCACGUGUCGUCACUUCGGCGAGGACAGCGUGGUGCACGAGGGACAGGACAGCGGCUUCAUCUUCGGCCUCCAGAACCUGAUCUCCAUCAUCUCGCAGCUGGAGGACCACAGCGCAGACUAG